AUGGCUGACGGUAACGCGGGGGCAUCGGCUGUCUUCGUCCUCCUCAACGUCACCGGGAGCUCCAACUCCACCCGCGCUGUGCAGGCGGCUCAGGUGAUCCAGUGGCUGACGCUGAGCAUCGGACUGCCGGCCAUCGGACUCGCUCUGUACACCCUGAAGAACCUGUCCAAAGGUGAGAACAAGGUCCCCAUGCACGUCAUGUUCCUGCUGGUCUCGGACAUCGUGAGCUUCUUCGGCCGCCCCAGCCUGGACCAGGACAUGGUCACCGGCGCUGCCUUCUCCUCCAACCCCACCGACUUCAUCUUCUACUUCGGCAUCGUCACCAACGUGACCCUCAUGCUGUUCAUCGCUCAGGAGCGCCACCUCACGGUGGCCUACCCUCGGUGUCUGGUCUGCUGCGGGAACAUCCGGCGCUCUCCCGUGGUUACCUUGAUGACGUGGGCAGCUCCCUUCGCCAUCUUGGCCCUCGCCGUGCUGAAUUACAGCUUGUGGUUCGCCGUGGCUCUGCUCGCUCCGUUCCCCUUCCUCCUCUUCUUCACCGUGGACUCCUGGAGGGCCGUGAUGUGCUCCCGGUCCAACCCUAAAACCCCCGAGAGGAGGAGGGGGGUGUGGGGGAUUGGAGCCAUCCUGGCUAGCUACACCCUCCUGUACGUGCCCUUCAUCCUCAGCGUCCUCCUGGAGGCGCUGUCCUUCGGGGAGACGGUGAAGUACCUGGGUCUGGUGUCCCACAUGCUGCUCUACCUCAGCCCCCUGGUGGACCCCUUCGUUUACAUAUUCAUGACCAAAGGGUUCAAGGAGGUGAUGCUGGCGCUGCCCUGCUGUCAGAACCGCAGCUGGAGACAGAACCAGAGUCCCACCGUGGAGACCGUGGCCGAGAGCGUGGAGACCAGGCUUUGAUGAAUCAAUUGGGAGCAAUCGGGUUUGGAAUAUUUGCCCAAACCAGAGACCCUUUAGGUCAAAGCAUAAACCACAAAGCUGGCAGUGAUGGAAGAAGUACUUUUACUUUAGAAGAACUGCCGAUGCCACGUUUUUAAAUACCUGUUUCAAGCAGAAGUCGUGCAAACUAAAUCUAAGCAAGUUCUGCGAUCAAACAAAUAUAUUAAAGUACCAAAAGGAAAAGUUGCUGUUGUGCAAACGGACCCUUCAUACAUCUUGGUUCAGUGACUGGAUUGAUGUGUUCAUUCUAA